AUGAAGUUCAAAUACUUCAUCCCCGUGGUGUUUGUGUUGGCGCUCGUCAUCAUCGAGAAGGAGAAUAACAUCAUCUCCAGGGUGUCUGACAAACUCGCCUUGAAGCAGGCUCAGCUCAUCCUCCCUCCGGACUCUGCGCUACAAAUCCUGCUCAAACCGAACCAGACUGGAUCCUGGGUCUUCCACCCGAGGACUAGUGCUCCCGUCUUGUCCAGCCUCAUGAAGCGACGCCUGGAAACCUACAGCUCCCAACCAGACUCAGUCCAAAAGCUUGGCCCAGACUCAGUCCAACCUCGGUCCAAACGUAGACACAUCCUUCUUCUGGCUACAACUCGGACCGGGUCUUCGUUCGUGGGCGAGUUUUUUAACCAACAAGGCGACAACAUGUUCUACCUGUUCGAACCUCUAUGGCACGUCGAGAAGAUGCUAACGCUGGAAGGAGGCGGGACCAACGCGACUGCUUCUGCUAAGGCCUAUCGCGACGUCUUGCAACACCUCUUCCAAUGCAACUUCUCUCUCCUCGAGAGCUUCAUCGAACCUUCCCCAGUGGACCACCUCACCUCCAGUCUGUUCCGGAGGUGGUCCAGCAGUUCUUUGUGCGCGGACUCGGUUUGCGGUCCCUUCGUCCCAGGAGGCUUCGAGAAGUUUCACUGCAAGACGCGAAAGUGCGGGCCCCUGAACCUGACGCUAGCAUCGGAGUCUUGCUUGCAAAAGGAGCACAGGGCGAUAAAGUCCGUGAGGGUACGACAACUGGAGACGCUUCGCCCGCUAGCGGAAGACCCCAGCCUCGACGUGAGGUUCAUACAGCUGGUGCGGGACCCAAGAGCAGUGCUAGCUUCACGAAUCAUUGCGUUUGAGAAGUAUAGGAACUGGAAAGAGUGGGCCACGCAAGGGGAUGUUCCGGUAGAUGACGACGAAGUUCGCAAACUCAAAGGAAACUGCGAUAAUAUCAGGACAUCGGCUCAAAUUGGACUACGCCAACCCCAGUGGCUACGCAGGCGCUACAUGCUAGUUCGCUACGAGGACAUUGCCCGGUUCCCCAUGAGGAAGGCAGCGGAGAUGUACAGGUUUGCGGGGAUUCCGUUCACGCCGCAGGUGAAGGAGUGGAUCGCAAAGAACACGCAGGUCUCGCAGACUGAGGCCAGUGGCGUCUACUCGCUCCAGAGGAACUCGUCGGAGCAUGUGGAGAAGUGGAGGUUCAAUCUGCCGUUCAAGCUUGCGCAGGUCGUGCAGAGGGUGUGUCGGCCCACGCUAAAACUGUUUGGAUACAAAGUGGUGAACAGUGAGAGGAUGCUAACGGACAGAUCGGUUAGCCUCAUAGAAGACAAAGUGUUUAACUCUCUAUAG